AUGAACUUGGUUAAAAGCCUGAAGUUGGUCACAACCAGAUCAAAAAUUUUGCAUUACUUAAUCGAGGAUAAUUUGGUAGGUAAGACUACGGUGUAUCGGUUUUCAACCAGACCUGGAUUGAUUUCAAAUUCCGUCAAGACAACUGCACGUUCAAAACCUUUAUCCCUUGUUGGUAAACAUGCACCACUGACCCUUACAAAGUCGGCCGUAGCUCGAGCUCUACAGCUUUUGCAAAUGAAUCCAAAAGCCACAGGUUUACGAAUUGGAGUUAGGACCCGUGGAUGCAACGGCUUGUCAUAUACUUUGGACUUUUGUUUUGAAGGACGCCAACCUGGAGAUGAGGUUGUAGAACAGGAUAAUGUGCGCAUUUUUAUUGAUCGUCGAGCACAGCUGACGUUAUUAGGUAAAAUCUUACUUUCGAUGGAAGCAUACCAUAACUGAGUCGCAGGCGAACAAAGCUUACAACUUCCUGAUUUGUCAUUACAUCCCAUAUACCAUCGCAACACAGUACAAUAAAUUCGUCGUCUUCGACUGAAAGUCGUCGAACAAAAACAUCCGGAUUCGCAGUUACGAUUUGGUUUUCGGCAGACUGAUGUGGGUUACGCUUGAAGACAAAAUCACCGAAAGCUCGUGACAAUGCAAGGUUCCCAUUCACACGUUUUGCAUCGACCCAACCACCAGCAGCAGAAAUACGCUCUUUCUCAGCACGUAGAGUUGGUUUGUGAUCUGUAGACAAAGGUUCUGCGACUCCACGUCUGCUGCAUACUGCACGGCUGUCUCCAGCAUUUCCGCAGUAAAGCAUUUGAUCUUUCAAUAAGACUAUUAUUCCAGUAGAUCCAGCCAAUUCAUCGCCUGGAUUUGGAAUUUUCAAAGAGAAGCUUGCUUUACUGUCAUUCGUUUCAACAGUACUAUCUUUCACUGCCACAACUGAACCAGUACCUGUUAAAUUAACUGAGCUGUCUAGUUUCGGUGUCGAUGGUUUAACAGAAUAUGUAGUCAUUUCAGAUUGCAUCUCAGCAUCCAUAGAAAGAAAGGCAUGACGAAUAGCCUCUUUUAUAUUGUUUCGACCUAAAAUGGAUCAGUUAACGGCUAGUUAUGUAUUGAAAUCUAUUUAAGGAUAUAAUAUCUGAUGACCAAAUUAUUGUUUUAUUUACACAUGUUCGCUUCCACUUAUGUAAUAAGGAAAACAACAAAAAGUAUUUAUAAGUUGGUGUGAACUGCUUCAUAAAUUUGUACUACUUUAUUGUUCAACAGUAAAUCAGUAGUUUGGUUCUUUUAUUUAGGAUGCUUUAUCGUAGUUCUACAAAUACGAAAAGUGCCAAUUCAUCGUUCGCUCAAUUUGUAGUGGGCAAACAUCUAUACAAACCCACAGCUCAAUAGGACUCGCUGAAAACUGCACAGUAACCCCACAAACAUGCGGGAGUUGGUCAGUCGGUCAAAGCGAUGAUCAGUUUAGUUUCUAACCCUAAUUCAGGCGACCCGAAUGAUAUUAGGAAUGUUGUAGAGAACAGCAAUGACGGAAAUUGUGGUAGGUCCCGCAAGGUCAGUCACUACGUCUCAAGUUUGAAUUAUAAGACUAUAUUUAUCAUCAUAUAUUGCAACCACAAAGUAUUAUAUUUACCAUUUUAUGAAGAAAUAGAUGAGUUUUAUAAAUAUUAUCGGCGAUUCCAAUGACAUAAUAUUACGAGGAUGAAUGAAUCCAUAACGAUCCAUAUAACUACCAGCUGUUCACAGAGGAUAGCUUUACUAACCGAAAUGACUAAUACAGAAUUGGUGUCUACACAGAUAAUGAGAAACUACAUAGAUAUCACUACGUACAAACAUAUAAGCCAAAAUUCACUUAGUAUUGUUUGUUU